AUGAAAUCGUUAUUUGGAGCUCAAGAGUGUCUUGAGCAAAAUUGCGAUGCACAACAUUUUGAAAAGAUUUCAAAAUCUACUAAGUCCAAAGAAGCUUGGGAUAUACUUGAGGGUUACCAUGAUGGUGGUACCAAGGUUAAAAAGGUGAAAUUGCAGGCGUUUAGAAGGCAAUACGAAUCUAUGGUGAUGGACGAGGAUCAAAAAGUAAUAAUAGCUAUAGAGUAUGUGAAAGAUACAACUACUAUGAAAAUUGAGGAAUUGCAAAGUGCUCUGGAAGCACAUGAGAUCAAAGUACUUAGUAGAGGUUCAGAAAAGGUGAAUCAACAAGCCCUGCAAGCUCAAACCAACAAGAAAGAUGAUAGUAGCAAGAAUUAUAAAAAGAAAGGGAAAGAUAAAGCAAAGUGGCUUAAAGAUCAGAGUUCAAGAACUGAUGACAAAGCUGAAUCUUCUAAAGGAGGAGGUUUUGUCAAAGGUAAAAACAAGAAAAAGAACUUUGAUAAAAGCAAGGUGAAAUGCUACAAUUGUGAGAAGCCUGGUCAUUUUGCAGAUGAGUGUUGGUACAAGAAGGAUCAACAAGAGGCUAAUGUAGCAGAAGAAAGUGAUGUCAAGUCAGUCUUGAUGAUGGCUACUAUAGGAGAUGAAAGUGAUAAAAAUGAAGAAUGGUUUCUUGACUCAGGUUUAGGUCAAUUGGUGCAAAGAGGGUUCUCUGUGAGCAUGGAGGACAAUGCACUGAAGCUGUUUGACAAAAUGAAGAACUUGAUCUUGAUGUGCAGCUUGUCAAACAACAGGACCUACAAGUGUAAAAUCUCAAGUGUAGAUAUGAUGUGCAUGUCUACCACAGUGAUUGAUGAGAUUGAAGCACUUUGGCACAAAAGGUAUAAACACUUGAACUAUAGAAGCCUCAGUGAUUUAAAUUCUAAGGAAUUGGUGUAUGGUUUGCCUAAGUUCAAGACAAAGAAGUCUAUAUGUGAGAUAUGUGUGAAGAGUAAGCACAGAAGAAAACCUUUUGUAGCUGAGAUGCCUAAAAGAGCUAGUGCUGUAUUGCAAGUUAUUCAUAGUGACAUCUGUGGUCCAUUUGAAGUUGUUUCAUUAGGGGGAAGCAAGUAUUUCAUUACAUUUGUUGAUGAAUACAGUAGAAUGAUCUGGUUAUACACUUUGAAGUUAAAAAGUGAAGCUUUAGAAGUGCUUAAGAAAUUUAAAGUCUUAAUUGAAAAAGAAAGUGAAAAAUCAAUUAAGAUCUUGAGAACUAAUGGUGGUGGAGAGUAUACCUUAAGAGAAUUUGAGAACUUCUGUAUAAAUCAAGGCAUCACACAUGAAGUUACUGCUCCAUAUACACCAUAG